GUUUUCGAGAGGAGGGUGAAGCAAAGGUCACAGAGAGCUAUGAGUAUGACCUCAUUGGCGUCACUGUGCACACGGGCACAGCAGAUGGCGGCCAUUACUACAGCUUCAUCCGGGACAUUGUCAACCCCCAUGCCUACAAGAACAAUAAAUGGUACCUUUUCAAUGAUGCAGAGGUAAAACCCUUUGACUCAGCUCAGCUGGCCUCUGAGUGCUUUGGUGGAGAAAUGACGACUAAAACCUACGACUCUGUCACUGACAAGUUUAUGGACUUCUCCUUUGAGAAGACACACAGUGCCUACAUGCUCUUCUACAAGAGAGUGGAACCGGAGGACGACAAUGGGAAGGACUUUAGUUUUGAUGUCUCUCCUGAUCUACUUGAGUGGAUUUGGCACGACAACAUGCAGUUUCUGCAGGAUAAAAACAUAUUUGAACACACCUACUUUGGCUUCAUGUGGCAGCUCUGCAGCAGCAUCCCCAGCACCCUGCCAGACCCCAAAGCUGUCUCCCUCAUGACUGCCAAGCUCUGA